GGAAUCAAAAUGAGUCAGGCAUAUCCAAAAGGAUGAGAGGACUUGCUUGCAAAAGGACCCUCCCCCAAGUCUCCUCCCCAUCAUCCAUCUUAGCACUAGGAGUGGAGUCUACAUUCCACAACCAAAAUUAUCCACUUUUCCUUGGCCUUCGGAACAAAAACUUGCUUCGUCUUUCAACCCGAAGCAUUUUCUCUAUUUUUCGACUCAAAAAGAAGAAUUCAUAAGACUAGUUCCAAUGCUUAAAAAAAUUAGUGAAUAACAAUUGUGUGAGCACCAGUGCCCGAAACCGAGAUUUUUCAUAACCGAGACUAGUUUCCACAAGCUCCAUGCGGCGGACGAAACCAAAUCUAGCUAUAGAGCGUGUACAUAAAUGCAGAGCUCCCACAAGAGGCAUGCAUUAAAUGACCAACAUAGUUUUCUAGUCUAGUACAAGGAUAAAAAGGAAGAAAAAGAAUACCAACUGAAAACUCCCAAGCCAUCAAGUUGAGAAACAGAGAUUCACAGAAUUCUGAACAUAUCGGCUGCUUGGAUAUAAACGAAUUAAAGCUUCACCAAAACAUCUCGUGAAGCUUCAUAGCUCAAAGCUCUUCACAGUCUUCAACAUACUUCAGCUCCUCCCAGCUUAAACCAUAUAUACCUGAGCCAGCUUCUCAAAAGAUCCUCGUGAUGCAGAGCUCUUAAAUUUCACGAGUUCUGUAUUUCAAAUCAGGCUUCACAGAAACAAUGCCUCCCAAUCCCAAACCCCGUUUUGAGUUCUUUCCUUCUCCUUCAAAUACCCCACAAUUCUUUCUCCAAAUCAUCCACAUGCAGCAGCAGCAAUGGAGUAUACCAAAUCACAUUUCUUUGUUUCAACACUCUUUCUUUGCUUGCUUUCUCUUCGGGCAAACACUCUCCAAACUUACAUAGUUCAGCUCCACCCACAAGGUGUAACUAGCUCUUCUUUCACAUCCAAAGCCGAUUGGCAUCUCUCUUUUCUCGAACAAACCAUGUCCUCUGUUGACGAAGAUCCUUCUUCUCGCCUUCUUUACUCUUACCAUUCCGCCAUGGAAGGCUUUGCGGCUCAGCUGUCAGAGUCAGAGCUCGAGUACUUGAAAAUGCUGCCUGAUGUGGUUGCAAUUAGGCCUGACCGAAUUCACCAAAUUCACACCACUUACUCUUACAAGUUCUUGGGGCUCGACCCUGCUUCCAAAGAAGGCGCUUGGCACAAGUCCUCAUUCGGUCGAGGAACCAUCAUUGGGGUGCUUGAUACUGGAGUUUGGCCCGAGAGUCCAAGCUUCAAUGAUUAUGGAAUGCCGCGGGUUCCCAAGAAAUGGAGGGGGAUUUGCCAACAAGGGGUAGACUUCAAUUCCUCAAAUUGCAACAGAAAACUCAUUGGUGCCAGGUUCUUCACCAGAGGCCAUCGUGUGGCUUCCAUGCCAAACUCGCCUGACGGUGUUCAAGAUUACGCAUCUCCCCGUGACACCCAAGGGCAUGGUACUCACACAUCAUCAACAGCUGGGGGUGCUUCAGUCGGAAUGGCAAGUGUUUUGGGCAAUGCAGCUGGUGUGGCUCGAGGGAUGGCUCCCGGAGCACAUGUAGCGGUGUACAAAGUCUGCUGGCUCAAUGGUUGUUAUAGCUCUGAUAUCCUUGCUGCAAUGGAUGUUGCAAUUAUAGAUGGAGUAGACGUUCUCUCCCUCUCUCUAGGUGGCUUCCCCAUUCCACUUUUUGACGACACCAUUGCCAUUGGAAGUUUUCGAGCAAUGGAGCAUGGAAUUUCAGUUGUAUGUGCAGCAGGAAACAAUGGUCCAAUUGAAAGCUCAGUUGCCAAUGAAGCUCCUUGGAUUGCCACCGUCGGCGCGAGCACAUUAGACCGGAGAUUCCCGGCCAUAGUUCAAAUGGGUGAUGGAAAAGUCCUCUAUGGAGAAUCCAUGUACCCAGGAAACCGUUUGAUGAGAAGUACUGGAAAAGAGGUUGAAGUUGUUUAUGUGAGUGAUGAAAAUACAGGAAGUGAAUUUUGCUUCAGGGGGUCUCUCCCAAGAGCAAAAGUACGCGGCAAGAUAGUGGUCUGUGACCGUGGUGUCAAUGGUAGGGCGGAGAAAGGUGAAGUGGUAAAAGAAGCUGGUGGAGCUGGAAUGAUUUUGGCCAAUACAGAGGUAAACCUGGAGGAGGACUCUGUUGAUGUCCAUGUCUUGCCUGCGACUCUGAUUGGCUACAAAGAGUCCAUUCACUUGAAGGCUUACAUAAACUCUACUAGGAGACCAAUGGCUAGAAUUGUGUUUGAAGGCACAGUUAUAGGGAAGUCCAGAGCACCAGCAGUAGCUCAGUUCUCAGCUAGAGGACCCAGUUUUUCGAACCCUUCAAUCCUCAAACCUGAUGUGAUUGCUCCGGGAGUCAACAUCAUUGCUGCUUGGCCUCAAAACAUGGGUCCCACCGGCCUUCCAGAAGAUUCUAGGAGAGUGAAUUUCACUGUCAUGUCAGGGACUUCAAUGGCAUGUCCUCAUGCCAGUGGAAUUGCUGCACUUGUACGCACAGCUCAUCCGAAAUGGAGCCCCGCAGCUAUCAAAUCUGCUAUUAUGACAACUGCUGAUGUAACUGAUCAUUCAGGGAAUCCGAUAAUGGACGGAGGCAAACCAGCCGGAGUUUUUGCAAUUGGUGCUGGACAUGUAAACCCUGUGAGAGCUGUUGAUCCGGGGUUGAUCUACGACAUCAGGCCGGAGGAGUAUGUCACUCAUUUGUGCACUCUCGGAUACAAGAAAUCGGAUAUCUUAACAAUCACUCACAGGAAUGUUAGCUGCCUUGAAAUUUUGAAGAUGAAUAGGGGUUUCAGUCUCAAUUACCCCUCCAUUUCAGUAACUUUCAAACACGGCAUGAGAAGUAAAAUGAUCAGACGACGAGUAACAAACGUAGGGAAUCCGCAUUCCACUUACUUGCUGGAAGUAAUGGCACCUAAGGAAGUUAGAGUGAAAGUUAAGCCUCAGAGGUUAGUUUUCACAGGCAUCAACCAGAGUUUGAGUUAUAGGGUAUGGUUUAUAUCGAGGAAGAGAAUCAGAAAAGAUGAGAUGAGUUUUGCACAAGGACAUUUAGCAUGGGUGAAUUCUAACAAUAGUAGCUUUCACAAGGUCAAAAGUCCCAUCUCUGUGACUUGGAAGUAAAGGUAGUGCUCAUGCUCUACUCAAAAGUCCAUUGUUAGUGAUUCACUGGAUUCACAUUUAUGAAGAUUCAAGGGUGAAUAUCUUAUCCUGUCUUUGGGGGGAGAGAAAACUCCAGACAAAAACUAUGCUGUUUAUCAUCUGAUAAAAUUAUAAGCUUUCAUUGUAUUAACUACUAGUCUUCGAUGAUGUUUUGAGUAAUUAGAUUAAUUACUUUUGCCGCUUAUAAUGUUUUAGUGGUGAUAUAGGUUUAUAUU